CAGGGAGGGCGAGCCAGAUUUGUGCGUGAGUGUGUCCAGCAGGUUGACAGUGUUGUGGUCAGUGGAAGACCCCGGGGCCGGGAUCCUGGAUACUCCGAAUCAGGACACUGAGGACCAAGUCAGUGGGUUUGCCGGUGUGGAACGGAGGACUUGUGGCUAGCAGGAGUCCAUUUUCCCUGACCAUUCAAGGGCAUUUCUGGGGGCCCGAAGAUUGGCCUCACACUGAGGCCUGGGAGUGAAGGAGGGGUCCUCAUGGACCCUCACAGACACAUAGCGCUCCACCACCGGGGACGUGUAAGCUGACAAGCCACUGAACUCAUUUGACCAUGGGGGACUGGAAUCUGCUGGGGAAGCUCCUGGAAAAAGCCCAGGAGCACUCCACCGUGGUGGGGAAAGUGUGGCUCACUGUCCUCUUCAUCUUCCGCAUCCUGAUUCUGAGUGCUGCCACUGAGAAGGUGUGGGGCGAUGAGCAGUCAGGCUUCACCUGUGACACCAAGCAGCCUGGUUGCGAGAACGUGUGCUACGACAUCACCUUCCCCAUCUCACACGUCCGCUUUUGGGUGCUGCAGAUCAUCUUUGUGUCGACACCCACAUUGAUAUACCUGGGGCAUAUCCUCCACCUGGUGCGAAUGGAGGAGAAGCAGCAGGAGAAAGAGAAGGCACACAACACUGAAAAGCAGGCGCUCAUCGUGGAGGCCAAGCACAAGAAGCCCCUGGUGAGGGAUGACAAGGGCCGCGUUCGCCUUCAGGGAGAGCUCUUACGCACCUACGUCUUUAAUGUCGUCUUUAAAACCCUGUUUGAGGUGGGCUUCAUCGUGGCCCAAUACUUUUUGUACGGCUUCGAGCUGAAACCAAUGUACACAUGUGACAGACACCCUUGCCCGAAUGUGGUGAACUGCUAUAUAUCCCGUCCCACGGAGAAAACUAUCUUCAUCAUCUUUAUGUUGGGAGUGGCAAGCGUGUCACUGCUCCUGAAUCUCAUUGAGGUCUACCACUUGGGCUUCACCAAGUGUCGCCAGGGCAUCACCUUCAGAAGACAGAUUCUCUCCAAAGGGUCCAUCACCAAGGAGCCCAGUGAGACUGCGGUGCCAUACGCACCCGGUUACGAUGACUACUUCCACCAAGUCCAACCCACCUACCCACCCGUGCCUGGCUACAACAUCUCCCCUCUGUCUGAGGAGACGGACUCCUCUUUCCAUCCCUACCACAGUAAGGCGGCUUACAAACAAAAUAAGGACAACUUGGCGGUGGAAAGGAGCAGCAGCAAGCCUGAGGAAUGUGACCUGAAAGGAAAGAAGGGAGCGGGAUCGGCCCCUGGGUCACCGACCCAGGGUCGGCCCAAUCGCAAUGCCAAACACAGCAACAACAAGACUAGAAUAGAUGAUCUGAAGAUCUGAGGGGGUUUUAUAUUUUUCUCUGAGGCGUCUUAAAUUGCUGCGAGGGGGUCGUCUGUUGCUCUGAAGAGUUCAGACAUGCUCGAGUGCAUCUGCCCUGUAAGCUGGCAGAGGUUUUAUUAUUCCCUUCAAACUUAAAGAGGGAUGACAUUUAUAGGGCACACAAAUAAACGGAGUAGUUCUAAAAUACUACUUGACUUAUUUUGUUUCACAAUAACAUCUUUAAUGCCUUGGAUCUGUUCAAUAGACUCAUGCUUCACAGAUAGUCGGACAUCAAGCUGCAGGGGCAAAUUAGUGUCUUUACAUCUUAA